AUGACUGCUGAACUGAAAGCUCUUUGCAAUAUUAUUUCUACCUCUAUCGACAAGAUUAACCAGGUCUGUGCUGUGACCGACAAGGACUUUCCUUCCUUGGAUCAGCCUGUCCAGAUCUCGGAAUUCACGCCUGACGGGAUCCGCAACAACCCUGAAGUUGUAGAAGCAAUUGGCCCUGCUGUAGCUGCUGCAUUCCAGCUCAUCCAGACGCUCCAACCUCCUGCGAUUACACUGGCCAGAGAUGCACACACACUACCACUCGCACUUGGCAUUGCGGAAAGGGCGAACGUGGCCGAGACCAUUAGAUCUGCAGGACCAAAGGGGAUGCAUGUCAACGAGAUUGCGUCCAAGAGCAACAUUGAUCCUAAGAAGCUCGCACGCGUCCUCCGCUUCCUCGCUACAAACCAUUGGUUCAAGGAAGUGACGCCAGACGUAUUCGCGACUAACUUGCUGUCUUCCCUUCUUGAUACUGGCAAGGAAGUGACCCCGGACUUUGCAUUGAACAAACAUAAAGAAACACCCGGUCUUGCUGCUCUCGUAGGAUAUAGCACUGAUGAGCCGUUCAAAGCGACCGCUCAUUUCGAAGACGUUGUAUUUGACCCGAAGACAGCCUUCUCCGAGGAGGUAAAUGAAGCAGGUCUUCAAAAGGGUUUGGGUGUACAACUUGACCUGUGGUCGUAUUACGAUUCUCCUGAGGGACACUAUCGUGGAAAUCGGUUCGACGCAGCGAUGUCGGCCUACUUAAAGCUUCAUCCGCCUCAGGCUGUUUUGACUGGCUUUGAUUGGAAUUUGGUUCCCAAUGGGGGUCUGGUGGUUGAUGUUGGAGGCGGGGCAGGUCAUGUCGGAUUGGAAAUUGCCAAGGCAUUUCCUGAGCUGAAUGUUGCCAUCGAGGACCGCCCAGCGACCCUGGAAAGCGCCAGAAAUUACUGGAAGGCAAGUCUCCCAUCGCACAUCGAGUCUGGCAAAGUGCACUUCGUUGGGUGCGACUUCUUCGAGCCACAGCCAGCGUUGCCUGCAAUGCCCCAUGUCUUCUUGAUACGUGCGGUUCUCCAUAACUGGUCCGAUAAAUACUGUAUCAAGCUUCUCCGCAACCUGCGCAAUACAGCCGGUUCAGACACGAAGCUCGUUAUCAUCGACAGUGUCAUCAGUUAUGCGUGCGAAACACCACGGAAGCCGGGCAUUGAUGCUGCCAUGAGUCCACCGAAGCCACUUUUGCCUAACCUUGGCGGAGCGAACGUGCUCGCGUACGAGGUCGAUAUAGUGCUCAUGUCAAUGCUUCACUCUGCAGAGCGUACUGUCGAUGGAUUUGCAAGUAUUGUUGAAGCGAGUGGAUGGAAGUUGGUCGAGAUUCGCGAGAAUCCUGUGAACAAGAUAUGGUGGCCAUCCAUCAUCUGCGUCCCUGCUUAA